UACAUGAAGGAGAUGAGACACCAGGUCCUGCAGGAAGGACAGGAGAGGGAGAGCGCCGCCAUAAACCGCAUCCUGGGCCGCAGGUGGCACGCCCUGUCCCCGUCAGAACAGUCCAAAUAUUACGACCUGGCCCAGAAGGAGAGACGGCUCCACCUGCAGCUCCACCCUGGCUGGUCCGCCAGGGACAACUACGGGAAAAGGAGGAGGAGGCAGAACCAGCAGCUCACUGGAAGCUCCGGGUCCAGGUCCUCCUGCAGCUCCGUUAGAGGAGAUCAGGUUUCAAGUCUGGGUGGUUUCCUCGUCUCCAGUUAAACACGACUCAUUCCAGCAGCUCAGCGCUUCUCGUUCAGCAGUGAUCUGAAGCAACCUACAGCCCUCUGGUCUCAAAACGCAUGACCAACACCAAGCUAGCAGCUGCUGACCUUUAACCUCUGCCUGUAGACCUCAUCAGUGGUUAAUCCUGACCGGUUGGACCUGUGCCCCACUAAAGCUUCCAUUUGGAGUCCCAUGACCUUCUUCUCCUUUAAAGAUGGAAACCGGAACACGUGAUUUAUACUAUCCACCGUUUUAA